UGUGAGAAUAUCCUGCUGUACUUUGGAAUGACCGCAUCGCAAUGGCCAGCCGUCUACAGCAGGGAAAAGGACUGCCUGACGAAAGAGUCUGUGAUCCGGCCGGAAACAACCAGGUCAUUAAACCUCACCACGCAGUACGCCUGGUCGGGGUGCCAGGUGCUGACCCAGGACUCCAUGCGGUACCUGAGCUGCGCCAGCGGCCGGAGUUUCCGCUCGGUCCGCGAGCGCUGGUGGUACGUGGCCCUCAGCAAGUGUGGGGGUGAUGGGCUGGAGCUGGAGUACGAGAUGAUCUUGACCAAUGGCAAAUCCUUCUGGACCCGGCACUUCUCUGCUGAUGAGUUUGGAAUCCUGGAGACAGACAUCACCUUCCUCCUCAUCUUCCUCCUUAUCAUGACGCGCCCCUCGGCGGCCAACAAGAACUUCCCGUACCAUGUGCGCACCUCGCAGAUCGGCAUCGUGGAGGAGGGGGCACCCGGCACCAAGUUCCCCCACCACGUCUACGGCAACGUGACCUUCAUCAGCGACUCCGUCCCCAACUUCACUGAGCUCUUCUCCAUCCCCCAGGGCCCGGUGCAGGGCGCCGCCAACGUGCGUAAGCAGGUGGAGGAGACGACAGUGGAGCGGAGCACGACCCCAAGCUGCAUGGUGAUGGCAUCAGAGCUGAGCAGGCCCCACGUGCUGCUGAAACCCCCCCCGGGGGGCGAAAACCAGCCCCCCCCGUACCAGCUACAGGCCCCCCAGCUGCUCCCCCCCAACGGCUACACUGAGUACUUCAGCAUGCACACGGGGGGCGCACGGCCCAUCUAGGGGCCCAUCCCCCAUAGUCUGCCCCCUCAGGCGCCCCGAAGCAGACCGAGGGGGCCGGACCCCUACAUGUGACCCCUUCCUCCUGGGUGGUUCCUUCCUGCCUCCUUUGUGGCCCCCAGCCUCCUGCCCCAGUGCCCCAUGGGGGCCCCUGGCCAGCACUGACUGGGCUGGAGUGGGGGGUGAAUGGCCUCCCAUGGGAGCUGCCCAGCUCCCUGUCACCCCCCCGCCCCGGUGUGGGAGGCCUGGGGGCUGGGACUGAAUGAACAUG